AUGAUCAUUGUAAUUGCAUUCUCUCUAAUUUUCCUCUACUUUUUCGAUCAUUUUUACUGGAAGCGUCGAAAUUUCCCGCCAGGUCCCACACCUUGGCCAUUGGUGGGUAAUUUUGCGUCAGUCUUUCUCCCACCUCCCGGAUAUUUGGCGUUCGAAAAAUGGACCAAAAAAUACGGUAAGGUAUUCACGUUUUGGGUGGCUGGCACACCAUAUAUUUGUAUCACAAGUUAUGAGAAAUUGAAGGAAACUUUUAUAAAAGAUGGUGAUAUUUAUGUGGCCAAAAAACCGCAACAAUUUCAAGAAGAAUUUCGUGGUGGGAAUUUUGGUGUUAUUGAGACAAAUGGUGAUAUUUGGAAAACUCAUCGACGAUUUGCGCUGAUGAAUUUGCGGGAUUUUGGAUUGGGUAAAGAUUUGAUGCAGGAGAAGAUUUUGAUUGAGGUUCAAGAUAUUUUCAAAAACUUUGAUUCUACGGUCGGAAGUGGUGAGGAAAUUGAUAUCCCUUUGAGAUUUUAUAAUGGUGUGGCUAAUGUUAUAAAUCAAGCAACGUUUGGUUACCGUUUUGAAGAUGGUGUGAAAGAUAAAGAAUUCCUGCGCCUCAAAAAACUGAUUGACUGGCAGAAUGAUGAGUUAGGCAAACCUCUGAUUUUUCUACAAUUUUUUGUGCCAGCUUUGAGAAAGUUUAUACCAGGAAACCAAGCCGCAAAUGUGUAUGUGAUUCAUUUAUUUUCAUUUAAUUUUUUUAUUCUUUAGGCUCAAGAAAUUCAAAGAUGAUUUUUAUGGAUUUUUCAAUGAGCAAAUCAAACAACAUCGUAAGACUAUAGAUUUCGAAUCAGAAGAAAAUGGCGAUUAUUGUGAAGCUUAUCUGAAAGAGCAGAAGAAAAGAGAGGCUGAAGGAGAUUUUGAGAGUUUUUCAGACAUCCAACUUUCGAAUAUGUGUUUGGAUCUCUGGUUUGCGGGAUUGUUGACAACGACAACUACAAUCUCAUGGGCUUUAUCAUUUAUUUUACAUAACCCUGACGUAGAAAAUAAGAUCUACGAAGAACUGGAUAAAGUUAUUGCGGAAGAUAGACUUAUCACAACUUCUGAUAAGAAUGAUUUACCAUAUAUGAAUGCGUUUAUCACUGAAACUCAGCGAUGUGCAAAUAUUGUCCCAGUCAACGCGUUCCAUCAAACAACACGGGAUACUGUAAUUGAUGGUUGGCCAGUUAAAGCUGGAACUGGAGUGAUUGCUCAGAUUAGUACAGUUAUGAUGGAUGAAAAAGUUUUUCCAAAUCCUGAGAAAUUCGAUCCAACAAGACAUAUUGAUAAGGAAACUCGGAAGUUCAAGAAAAUCGAUGAGAUGAUUCAAUUUUCGACCGGAAAGCGGCAUUGUCUUGGAGAAGGAUUGGCUAGAAUGGAAUUAUUUUUGUUUAUCUCGAACUUCCUGAAGCGAUACAAGAUGAGAGUGAAAAACCUACCAAGUUUGGAUAAGUCAAAAGACGCCUCAGUUACCCCACGGACUUUUCAUGGUUUCGUAGAGAGAAGAAAUUUCAAAUGAUUGAAUUUCGAAUUUUCUCAAUCAUAAAAUUUUUCUAGACAUAAAUAAAUAUUUUUUCGAAAAACUUGUUGGUUGAAAAUGUUUUUCCUACUUUUCCUCUCAUUUCCCAGCUCAAUUUCUAGUGAAAAUUCCUAUCAUAGUAAAUACAAAAUUCAAAAUUUCAAUUUAACAUUCGGAGAAUCUAAACCAGUCCUUGGUAAUAUCGAUUAUGAAAAUAGAUUGAUGGGUGACGUGGCGGAAUUCAAUUCAAAAAUUUUGAAAACGUUUUUGAGAGAUGAAACCAAGAAGAAUUUCACGUUUGAAGUUCAGGGUUUGAAGAAGCCAGAUUUUCUCAAAACUAUGAGAAAUGGAAUUUUACCCAGACCUCUUCCUGUAGAACUUGUGCGUGAAUCAACUCUCCACCUCUACUCACAAUACAAAAAACUAAUCGGAAACAUUUUAUGUAUUAUCGACUGUGAUAACGAAAUCCUCCCGAAUACUCUAAUAUUGCUCAGAGUAAUUGUGAACUGUCAGAACUUGACAAGAUCUGAGAAGGAAUUUGAGAUCAGACAGAGAUUUCGAAGAAUUCAUUUUCAAUUGCAGGAUAAGCAAUAUUACAUCACUGGUCCUGGGAGGUUGACCAAAAAUUGACCAAAUUUUGGCCAAAAACGAAAAUUGGUCGAAUUUUGACCAAAAAUUGAUCAAAAAUAUUUAUUGGCCAAAAUAUGGUCAGAAAUUGGUCAAAAAAUUGGUCGAAAUUUGGCCAAAAAUCAGUGAAAAUUUUAAUUGUGAAAAAUUUCGAAAAUCUUAAUGUUGUUGGGCAGACAUGUCGUUUUGUGGCUUUUGGUGAAGUUAGGUUGAUGAAUUUCGUUGUUUUUCUACUGGUGAAUCAAUAAAUAGGAGUUAAAUACUUCGUUUGGUGAAUUUUGGCGCCACUCACACCAAUUGCACCAUUGGCGCAAAUUUCAGCCCCAAAUCUUCAACUAAAAUCAGUUUUGACUUAUCUUGGAGCUAUUUGAUACCAAGCAGAGACCCAUCUCGAAUCUAUCAGUUGUAUUGAUUGAUCCUUGAUUUAUCAAGAACUAGGGCUCAGAGAAUUCAGAAGUAUUGGGUUCAGAGGCAAUAAUUUCCAUUAUUUUUUGGAAGAAUAUUGUUGUGAUAGCCAUCAGCUUCGAAAAAAUAACACCAGUGACCCAAAAAUCAUGCAAUUUUUCCCAAAAACGUGCACUCAAAAACUUCCACAGGCAGAGAUGAUUUUUAUAUCAUUUUACUCAGCGUGAAAUUCUGAAUCUAAUGAUGCGAACUAUUUAUCACCAAACAAUACUAAUUGGGGCGCGAAAACAAUAGAUUAAAGGCGCACAUAUUUAUGGAAUGUGGUCCUGCAGCGAAAUGUGUGUGUGUACUUCUCUCGGACGAAAUGCACGCCAAAAUUUUUUUCUUUUUUUUUUCGUUUUUUUUUGUGUGUUGCCCUACUUAUAGAGAAAUUGAUUGUUCACGACUGCUAAAAAGAUAUAAAGCUUGUUCCCCGACUAGGCACAACAUUUUAGGCUAAUGAUAAAAUGCAAUAGGGUGAGAGGUAGAGAUUUAGAGAAAAACAUAAAAGAAUUCACGUUUUGUUGAUUAUUCGCGUGAACUCUUGUCGUCUCGCUUCAUUUUUCAAAAAAACAAAGAAAAAUAAUACAUGUGUGUAUAGCGCUUGACCAUUUGUUUGAUCGAUGUCGGCGAUACGUUUGAACGACCUCUCAGAAAAUGUUCGAAAAGAUGGAGUUUUUGUUCUCAUUUGAGCACGUUUGCCCACUAAAAACGUAUGUUUUCUCUAGAAUCUCUCUCCUCUCACCCAAUUGCGUUUCGGAACGUUGUGUAGGAUCUAGCAGCAAGUUUUACCAGAAUUUUGAAAUUCACAUAUUAAACUUGAAUUUAGGCCAAAAACUAAAAAAAAUUUGGUUUUCUUAGAGUUUUAGAUUUUUAUCAGAACGGGGCUGUUUCUCAGUUUGACACAUUUCCAGCAACAUUUGCUUGAGUUUCUAUGUUACAAUCAGAAGUGUCUCAACAGCCGUAGACGGCUGUCGAGGUUUUAAAGUCCGAUUCUUCAUCUCAUCUAAAUCCGAUUCUCAUCUAUCUUAUUUCGCAAUAUUGAUAUUUGUGCUGUUUUUAGAAACUACUAACCAAGAAAGAAUGGAUGCUGCUCUUGCUGACACUACCAACACAAUGACCGUAGAAACCACUGUUCCAGUUGAAAAUAUCAAGACCACCACUACCGAAGAAACAACUCCAACUACUGCUGAAACUUCCACCGCUGCCACCACAGAGCUCACUUCCGAGGAAAAGUCAGUUUUUUCUUCUGAAGAAUUUUAAUCAAAGUUGGUUCUUAUUUCUAGGGCUACACAAUUGAAGAACAACUUUACAUCUGGAAAGCGUCUUUUGUUGACAAGCGAAUUCAGCAAGGCUGCUGAUCUCUCGAGUUUGGCUUCUCAACUUGCGUAAGUUUUGAAAUUUUCAUACAUUUUCUAUUUCUAUGCAUUUCAGUGGUAAACUCUUCGGAGACGACAGCGAACAAUCAUUUGAUCCUUACUUCUACUAUGGACAAGCCCUUUGGAACUCAAUAACUUGA